GCAGAACGUUACCUAGCAGACCUUGAGGUUUUGCAUUGGUGCCACGGACCCAUAUGAGCCUGUUGCUGGAUGGCCGAGCCCCCAUGGAGGCUCAGGAUGCAGAGGAGAGUCCAGGAUCCUGGAUCUUCAGAGCAGAGCCAGGAGACCCACUGCGGAGGCCCGAGGCCCAGCAGCAACCCAUCUCUUGGGCCUGGCGCUGGUGCACAGGGCAGCGCGGCUGGGCGGUGCUGGGAGCCCUGGUGUUGCUGGCUGGUGCAAGCAUUGGCUCCUGGCUUCUAGCACUGUAUCUGUGGCCGGCUGCCUCUCAGCCUGUUCCCGGGACCCUGCAGGAUGAGGAGGUGAGCUUGAACUGCUCGGAGGCCAGCGGUGAGGAAGCCCUGCUCCCCUCGCUUCCCAGAGCAGUGUCUUUCAGAAUAAACACCGAGGACUUCUUGCUGGAAGUGCAGGUGAGGGCCCGGCCAGACUGGCUCCUGGUCUGCCAUGAGGGCUGGAGCUCUGCCCUGGGGGUACGGAUCUGCCGGAGCCUUGGGCAUCUCAGACUCACAGACCACAAGGCAGUGAACCUGUCUGACAUCAGGCUCAACAGCUCCAGGCAGUUUGCUCAGCUGUCUCCUAGACUGGGAGGCCUCCCGGAGGAGGUGUGGCAGCCCAGGGACAGCUGUACUUCUGGUCAAAUUGUUUCCCUCAGAUGCUCUGAGUGUGGGACCAGGCCCCUGGCUUCCCAGAUAGUGGGCGGGCAGGCGGUGGCUCCCGGGCGCUGGCCCUGGCAGGCCAGCGUGGUCCUGGGUGCCCGGCACGCAUGCGGGGGCUCCGUGCUGGCCCCGCACUGGGUGGUGACCGCGGCGCACUGCGUGCACAGUUUCAGGCUGUCCCGCCGGUCCAGCUGGCGGGUCCAUGCGGGGCUGGUCAGCCACAGCACGGUCAGGACGCACCAGGGGGCUGUGGUGGAGCGGAUCAUCGCCCACCCUCUGUACAGUGCCCAGAGUCACGACUAUGACGUGGCCCUCCUGCAGCUCCGGACCCCGCUCCACUUCUCAGACACCGUGGGCGCCGUGUGCCUGCCGGCUGAAGAGCAGGAUUUUCCGAGGGGCUCGCAGUGCUGGGUGUCUGGCUGGGGCCACACUGACCCCAGCCACACCCACGGGUCGCACACGCUCCGGGACACGGUGGUGCCCCUGCUCAGCACCCGGCUCUGCAACAGCUCUUGCGCGUACAGCGGGGCCCUCACGCCCCGCAUGCUGUGUGCCGGCUACCUGGACCAGAGGGCCGACGCGUGCCAGGGGGAUAGCGGGGGUCCCCUGGUGUGCUUGGACAAGGGCACGUGGCGCCUGGUGGGGGUGGUCAGCUGGGGCCGCGGCUGCGCAGAGCCCAACCACCCCGGCGUCUACGCCAAGGUUGCCGAAUUCCUGGGCUGGAUCCAGGAGACGGCGCAGGUCCACUAGAUGGAGGAGAAGCAGCAGCCCCGGAUGCAGAAGGCAUGGAUCUCCUAUCGC